AUGUCGUGGAGAAAUCAAGGAAUCACCGGUUCCAACAAUAUUCCCUUGGGGAAAACCCGUCGCUUGCACGGCGAUGGCGAUGGCAACGACAGCAGCACUUUUAGUCCUCCCCCGGCCUCCAACAACGGAUCUGUUACGAAUGGAGAUCGCGACGUGAAGCGUGGCCGAAGCCCUGAGCGUGGUAACAAUGAUGAUGGUCCGAGACGUCGCAAGAAGAGAAACCGCUGGGGCGAGGCGACCGAGAACAAGGCCGCUGGCUUGAUGGGUCUUCCCACUGCCAUCGUCGCCAACAUGACCAGCGAGCAGCUCGAGGCAUACACUCUCCACCUCCGUAUCGAGGAGAUCACACAGAAACUCAAGAUCGACGACGUCGUUCCUGCUGAUGGAGACAGAUCGCCCUCCCCUGCGCCCCAAUACGACAACCAUGGUCGCCGUGUCAAUACCCGCGAAUACCGCUACCGCAAGAAGCUCGAAGACGAACGCCACAAGCUGAUUGAGAAGGCGAUGAAGACGAUCCCCAACUACCAUCCUCCCUCGGACUACCGUCGCCCAACCAAGACCCAGGAGAAGGUCUACGUGCCUGUGAACGACUAUCCAGAGAUUAACUUCAUCGGUUUACUCAUAGGCCCUCGCGGCAAUACCCUCAAGAAGAUGGAGACAGAAUCCGGCGCCAAGAUUGCAAUUCGCGGCAAGGGCUCCGUGAAGGAGGGCAAAGGUCGUUCUGACGCCGCUCACUCCAGUAACCAGGAAGAAGAUCUCCACUGUCUCAUCAUGGCCGAUACCGAGGAGAAGGUGAACAAGGCGAAGAAGCUGAUUCACAAUAUUAUUGAGACUGCUGCGUCUAUUCCCGAGGGUCAAAAUGAACUGAAGCGCAAUCAACUUCGUGAGCUUGCCGCCUUGAACGGUACGCUGCGUGACGACGAGAACCAGGCAUGCCAGAACUGCGGCCAGAUCGGUCAUCGCAAAUAUGACUGUCCUGAGAAGCAAAACUUCACGGCCAACAUCAUCUGUCGUGUUUGCGGCAAUGCUGGGCAUAUGGCUCGUGAUUGUCCCGAUAGACAGCGCGGUGCCAGCUGGCGCAAUGAUGGUCCCAUGGCUAACCGCACUGCCGGCCGUAUCGGCGGCGGCGGCGGCGAUGCUGUGGAUCGCGAGUAUGAGCAACUCAUGCAAGAACUUGGCGGCACUGGUGCUGCUCCUGCCAUGAUCGAAGCCGGGCCUGGAUCCAACGGUCCUACUGGUCCUGCUGGUGGUGAUUCGCGGCCUUGGGCCCGCGGUCCUAGCGCCCCAACCGGCGGUCCUGCUCCCUGGCGUACUCGCAACAACGAUCGUGAUGACCACCAUGGUGGCGGUGGUGGUUAUGGUGGUCCUCCCAGCGGUCCUUCAGGUGGCCCUGCACCGUGGGCCCGUGAUCGUGGUGACCGUGAUCGCGGAGACCGUGGUCGGGACUAUCGUGAUGACCGUGGCGACCGUGGAGAUCGUGAUGACCGGGGGUAUCGUGGUGGACGUGAUGGUCGCGAUGGCGGUGACAGCUAUUAUGGCAGUGGUGGUGGUGGUCACAACUCAUACGGUGCUCCCCCUCCGCCACCUUCGGCUCCUGGGAUGGCCCCAUGGCAACAGCCUGCUGGUGGACAUGCGGCCUACGGUGGAUAUCCUGGCUACGGCGGCUAUGGUGCUCCUCCCGGAAUGCCCGGUGCGCCUCCCAGCUUGCCUCCCCCUCCUCCGGGCGGUGCUCCUCCCGGCCUCCCUGGCGGCUUGAACGCGCUCAUCCAGCAAUACGCCAACGCAGCUCCCCCACCACCCCCUCCGCCUGCGGGUGAAGCACCUCCUCCUCCGCCCAUGGACUUGCCGCCUCCUCCUCCUCCCCCGGGGGCUUAGUGGUAGCAACCGGUGGAACGACUGACCGAUAGGGAUCUGACCUGUUAUUAACGUUGCUUGGCUCAGCUGUUUCAUUAUCAUUGGAUCCUUGACCUCUGAUGGUUAGGAUGUCUGGCUUACAUGUAAUCAGGCACAGUGGAACUAACGGUCUAAUUAGUAUACAGCAACAUAGAACUUGUAAUUUCAUUAGAUUCAAAGUAUUGUAGACAUGUGUUUAUA